UGCCUGAAUGAGAAGGCAGUGCUGAGCCCCAGAUGUCUGUACCAGGCGCCUGUUGCCACGCGCAUGUUUGUUGGGUUGCAUACGUCGUGGGCGCAACUGCAGAUUGCGGCGGAACACACGAUUGUUAAAUUUCUGUGCUGUUCCCAUAAACACGUGAGAGGACGACUUAACGUGUCAUAGAUCAGUUUUUAUCUGUUUUAAUAACUUUAUCUGAGGAGUCAAUGCUGAGUGAGGAGUCAAUCAAUGCUGAGUUUAGUUUUUAUUGCGUCCAUUGUACGUCCUUCGUGUUUGCCAUUAAUAAAAAAGUAUGAUUAAACAUUGAUAAGUAAUUAAAUGCGAAUACAAUCAAAUGUUUUCUCUUUCAUUGUACGAAAUCACCAUCGGUUCUGCAGCGUGCGUAGAAGGGCCAGUCAAUUCCUUAUGCUGCAGUAGCCGUUGAAAACCUCUCGUCAAACACAUCAUUUUUAGUUGUAGUACGUGAUUUUGUAAGAAGUAACUGGAAUCUCUUCUGUUAACUUUUUUUUCAAUAUUAUUCAAUUAUUUGUGAUAUUUAUGUUUUGUGUUGAAAAAAAAGAAGAGCGCGUGUAACUCAGUACACGUGGUAAACGUAACACUUCUUUGGCAAUUCAAACCUAGACUCUUUAAGUGCUCUUAUUAUGUAUAUAUCUUUGGCAACAGAAACUUUGCCAAUUUUUUUCGAGUACGUUUGCAUUCAAAUUCGGCAUUGAAAUUUUACUCCCGUUGCACCCAACCAGUCGAAUUUAUUGUUCCAACUUGUCUGUUACCAAUUCUUGUUUAUGACAGUUUCCCAACAUGCGUUCUACGUAGCCAAUUAAAAAAAAGUCUGUUCACAGAAUAUUUAUCCACUCGUGCACUGUUACCACUCCAGUAGUUUUUGUGUGUCGUGACACGUGUAUGACACGACUACAGAAAGUUUAUUGCUUCGUUCCUAAGCGAUGAAGGGGAAGGGGACUGGAGUGUUUGUUCCCGAGGACUUGGGACAACCCCGGCCUACGCUACGUGGACCUUAGACGCCCUCCCAGCUGUGGGCGGGGCACGCAGUCCUCCAACGGUUCCCAAUUAUUUAUUUAUUUUUUUCGGCCAGGGAACCCUAUGGUCGACUUUCCUAUUGGCGGAACCCCAACCCUUCAAAGGAAGUUAUUUGACAGUAAUUGUGCCUGCUUGGUGAGACAUUUGUCCAGACUCGCGGAACCCCUGUGGCUCUAUACCACACCGCCACGCCGCUCUCCUAGUCACGGCCACAGCCACAGCGCGGUUUCUCUCGGCGGAACCGCUGCGACUGGCCUCCGUGGCCCGGCGCUCGACUGGAUCGCAGAGAGAUGGGCGAGCAGCUCUGUCGCUAUUGUGUUGGAAUGCCAUUUGUAAAGAUUUUUUGAAGUGAAACUUCUAAUGCGACUUCCAACAAGGUUGCUUUAAACGUUUAACGCUCCUGGGGAGGGGGAAUAGAAAGAGACAGAGCGAGUGUGUGUCAUUUCUCUAUGUCCACGAGGUCUCGCCGCGUCAAUUUUCUCCUUGGGGCGAACCCGUCCGCUUGAUUAAAUAAACAACUUUUAUCGUUGAAUGAUUUCAUGAUUUAUUUUAGUUUGAUUUGAUACAAUAUGAUUUCACUAUAAACCAAUUUCUACCCUAUCCUAUUUUCAUUUCCACAUUACCAAGUUUCACUUCUUCCGCACGGAGGGACUCCACGCACUAUUUUUUUUUUUACGUAUAGAAGUAUAAAAAAUACGUACAUAACAAUGCACGAUUAUAAAUUACAAAAUUUUGGAAAAAUCAUGAUUUAAGUACUGAUAUAUUUCUACCACUUUAAAUCCUGUAAAAGUAACGAAAUUUAAUACAUAAAAGAAGACUAUAUGAGAAAACAACUGUAAUUAUUAAAAUAUUACAUUUUAUAUUAAAUAACUCAACAUCAAUGAAAAUGAGAUCCAUUUGGUGUGAGUGUAACAAUCCAAUGUAUAAAAAAAUUUCUUUUAAGAAAUUUAAAUAUCAAGAAAUACCACAAGAGUUAAAAAUAACAUGUUAAAGACAUUUAAUUUUCUUGUCAUGUAACUGAUUUUUGAAAGGUUCGCCAGUCUUGUGUAGUGAUGGAAUUUUUCUUUGCAGCAAUAAAAUUGUAAUGUUUUAUAACGUCACUCAUCCCAAUGAAAUUGUAAGGCAAUUAAAAAAGUUCCAUUAAAGAUUCGCAUAACGCUUUGAGUGAUGGUUGAGAAUUGAAAUUCAAAGUUCCAGGAUAUAAUUUUUUAGGACCUGGAUUAAACCUAUCAGAAAAGUUACAUUCGUAAAGAAGAGCUGAAGAUGUUUCUCAAAAUGUGAUUGUGCAAUUAACACCUUUCAGCUCAUUAAUUUUUAAAGAAAACAUGAAAAAAUCUGUAAAUUAAAAUCAUGACAGCAAAAUAUUUGAUUAAAGAACUGAACUAGAAAACAAAAUUUAUAUAGGCAUAAUUUAGCUAGGGCAAGAAAACUCUAAUGCAAGUAAUACAAAAAUAAUUUUAGAAAAAAAUAAUCCAGACAUCUCUCUAAAUUAUAAUAUAAUUACAGUUGGUUUUUAAACAUUUAAGGUAUAGUAAAAUAUUGUAAAAGUGAUAAGAUCUGAGAGAGAACCUGAACACUUUUUUUAAAUUUCGUUUUGUUGGAUCUAUAUUAAACCACUGACUUCGAAGCAAACUUGCAUGUACUGCCGUUUAGGGAUAAAACUAUAGGUACUAGUUUUAAAGAUAGUUAUUCAUAGUCUCCUGGAAAUGUAACGUUAACAAAUUGCUGUUGUAAUUUACGUACAUCGCAGAAAGGUGAUACAGUAUGUGCUAUACCUUCGAAUUUUGUCACAGUUUUGGCUAUUUCCACGAGUUUGUUGUUCCACGUUUCACUUAAUAAAUAAUUCCCUUUGUUUUUCCACAUUCCACUUAAUAAUUCCCCUGCUAGUCAGUGUUCAUAUUAUAUAUAUAUUUUAUAUGUAUAUGGGCAGCAUGUAUAGCGUGGAAUGAAACACUGUUCGAGGCAUUAUGUAUUGCGUAAAUAUGACCGUGUCGAGCAGAUAAGGACUGACUUACCACUAACUCUUCAGAAUAUAUGGCGGUCUCGUAUCUCAAACGUGUUCAAACACUUAUCGAGUAUACGUUUAGAUAAGAUUAUUACAUUGCCAUAACUGUCCAACCAGUGAGAAUUAAUUCAGAGGUACUAAAUACACGAGUGUUUCGCCUUGUAAGCUUCGGGUAGAAUAGAAUGGAUUUUUGUCUGCAAAACUUGUUCCUACAAUGUCCUCUUAGGUUAAGCAUUGUGAAUCUGUGUUAAAAAUGUAUUUAGUUUUGUCUUGGGUAAUUUUUAUUAUACCUUUCUAUAGCGGAAAGCAUAUUCUAUAUACUAUUUCCAUACUAUUUUAUUUCCUGUUCAGUAAAUCUAAUUUUUACAUAAGUAUAUCUGAUCGAAUAAUGGGUGACAAAAAUUAGCACGUUUCAUGCGCCUUAAAUAACUAUCGCUAUCGCUCUCUCUCUGGAAAUAUGUCCUGAUGUAAUAUAAAUUCCGACCAAAAAUAACCUUUGAAAAUAUGAUGCACACAUUUAUUCGUUUUUAAUUGAACCGUUAACUUUUAACACUUCAGCAGAACAAAAAAAAAUUAUAUCAGUGAAAAAUUUAUUGAUUCUAUUGGACCAGCAGUGAACAAUCCGGAUUAACAGAGCUAAGCCGCCACUGAAAGAUGGUCUUGAAAGCUCUGAAGUGCGUGCUGAGUGAGUGUGAACUGGCGAGUCUACAACUAAGUGGGGGUAUGGCGAGUAACCGCCAGAGUACCCCAAGUACUGCAUCAAGCCUGUACCGCACGAUGGAAGGUUUCAUACUGGCUCAGCUAGGAUCUUCCAGCAAAACUGCUACCCAAGCAUCCAUGGCAGCAGGGAUGGGUGUUAGUGGAAGAAACACGUAGAAUUGUGACUAGGCCUAGCUUGGUUGAGUUUUUUUAAUGAUAAUACUUUUUUUGUAUUUUACAAACUUGGGUAUUACUCGGUUGUCGUAUAAUGCUGCAAGUGAUUCAACUUCCGAGUUUCAAAUAAAAAUCAAGGAAACUUAAAUCUCUUUAAAAUAAAUUUGCGUUCUUAACACUAGGGGCACACUACCAUUUCAUUCUGAUUGGAUAAAAUUUCCACCUUCUACAGAACCUUCCACAGAAAUUCUAACACGUUCGAUUACAAAAACUUCCAUGGAAAAACUGCCAGCGCUCUGCUAAUUCUUCCAUGGAACUAUGAAUACCAGACAGUUCCUGGUAGUCUACCGCCCGUGAGACACGGCCUGUCUCCUUGCAUCGAGAUAGUGGGGAGCUUAUCUGCCGCACAAUCUUGUGUGUUCGUGGAAGUUAAACAUUCCGUCAGAGAUAGCUGCAAGUGGUUGAAAGACUCUGGGGAUCGGAACUGCUUUAACGAGCCCGCAAUCUGCACUUGCUGAAAACUGCUGUAACGAGCAUUGCUUAUUCUUGGGUGGUGGUCGAUGGAAGUUAUUACUGGCGUGACUUGAAGCGUACGAGUCUUUAGCCAAAUUGUUCAGAGCACACUGGUUAGCUGGAGGUCCCCGUAAUCUGCGUACAGCCAUGUGAUGCUGAUCUCUACCUGCAGCUAUUCAUUCCUCGUCACUAUUUCAUGUAUUCUCUUUAGCCACUGGUAAUAUAUUUGUCUUGAAAAGAAUAAAUAUACUGGCUAAAAGAAAGUCUUCAUUUCUUGAAUUUUGAUAUCAUCUGCUAUUUCAAAACUAAUCAUGCUAAGUAUUGUUGAAAUUUUCUACCUAUCCCCGGUAUGCCUUUAUUUUCUUUUAGCAUUACUUUUAGUCGACUGAGUUUUUCAGCGACUGACAUGAAACACAAUAUAGGGAAAUUGAAGGACACCGCCACAGCCAAUGGCAAGGAACCAUUUGUGGUAUAAAGACAGGAAAACAAAAGCUAAACUGAAUCAAGUUAGGCAUAGCUGGGAUUCAAACGAGGGUCCUCGUAAAUGAAAAUGCCAAGUUCCGCCAUUCUGCCGGCGUCUAGCUCUCGGCGCCUCGCGAGCGGUUCAUCAGUUCAGAGGUUGGCAGUAGUGUCUCGCAGAAACUGCAACGACUUGGCUUCUGGGCGUCGGCGCUUCUGUGACCACCGCGCGUUUCGGUACACACUGUGGUUAACCAUCUUCACAGCAGAAACAAUUGUUCCCGUACGAUUGAAGUAGGAAUAUAAGUGAAAUCAUUUUUAUCGCCCGCGCCUAUCCCUGUUUCGAACCACACACUGCAAGCCACAAAUCAGUCCUUGCAAUCUGGAGGUACAGAUCCAACUAAAUUAAUGAUGUUGCAGCUCUCGUGCGGAAAGAUAUACGUUACUGCGUGUGUCAAUCCACGUGCGGCAAUAACACAAUUGGUAACUAUGUGCCUGGCUAAACAUUUAAGGAUUGCAAGGUUAAGAGUGCAAUUGGGAGACACGCCGUCUCUACACUUAGAUGCGACGGCUCCAACACCGCUCUAGGGUAGGGGGGGGGGGACUAUAUGUUACGAAAUAACUAUUCUCAUUCGCAUAGACUAGGGCUUGAAUCUUGUCCCGGCAGUUCUGAUUCGUCGCCCCUGCUUUCCCGCGUCUCCUCACGCACUGUCAUGGCCGCUUCCCUUCCCAACUCUAGCCGUGAUCUUGUUUCUGACGAGACUUGUUGAAUAAAUAAAAAAUAAUUUCUGCGUGUUAAAAUAAAUCUAAGGAUGAAAGUAUUGAGAAAAUGUUAUACUGCGGUAGUGGAUCGCAACUGAAGAUGAUGUUUGCUCCCCGACUCGGGAGUUGGGUUCACUUAGCGGCUCACUUGUUUGCAGAGUGCACUGAGCAAGAUUGCAAACGGCGGGAGGAAAAGCACGUAGGUGGGUUUCCAUCUGCUAUCUCGUGCUGCGUCACAGGUGGGACGGGCGAUACUUGUCGUUAACUGGGCGAAGAGGCGUUUAGAAGCUGCAAUCCUGGCUUGUGAGAUCCGCCGGGAGAUGAUUGUUGUGCGUGGCCGGGCGAUGUUGGGGCCGGCAUUGUAGAUGGCUGACAGUCUUAUCGAUUUUCAGCGUUAGUUGUUAUAGAGGGGGACUCGCGGAGGGGAGAGGCGGCAGGUAGCAGGGAGGGGAAGCUGCAUAGAAGGCGGUGACAUCGCUGCUCGCCUGCCCAGACGAUAGCGGCUCAUUGCGGGGCUGCUGUUUCGCGCGCAUGGUGUAGACCGACUUUCCGAGAGUAGUAGUAGCAGUAGCUGUAGUGGCAGUAGCGUUUAGCGUACCUCUUCCGCGUCGCCUACUCCAGUCUUGUUCUACCCGGCCUAGCGACUCCAUGAACGCAACCAUCGCGAAACUUUUGUAUGAGAAGAAUAUUGCCGGCUCUUUCUGCAAAGUUCAUGCGUAGCGGAUCAAUUUUAACAGAACUUUUGAGAACUUUAUACAGAACGUAUUUUUGCCACGCACAAAAUAUUUACAGUGAUUUUUGUAAAAUAAAAUUUUUUUACUACGAGUGAACCGUUUUAUAUUAAUAUUUUUUUCUAAUUGGAAGAUGGGCGGUUGUGCUUCGAAAGAAAAGUCGAAAACUGAAAAUGAAGUGAAAAAAUCUGAAUCUGCACAAAAAAGUGACUCCACCAACAUGGUCGACGCGGCUGUGCUGGAGAAGCUAGAAGCUGGUUAUGCCAAGCUUGCUGCUUCGGACAGCAAAUCACUGCUGAAGAAGUAUCUUACCAAAGAAGUAUUCGACAACCUCAAGACCAAGAAAACUUCUUUUGGUUCCACUCUCUUGGACUGUAUUCAGUCAGGCCUCGAGAAUUUGGACUCGGGAGUGGGGAUCUACGCUCCAGAUGCCGAAUCGUACACCGUAUUCGCUGACCUGUUCGACCCAAUCAUCGAGGACUACCACGGUGGCUUCAAGAAGACUGACAAGCACCCGCCGAAGGACUGGGGCGAUGUUGACUCCAUGGGCAACCUGGACCCCACUGGGGAGUACAUCAUAUCCACUCGAGUGCGCUGCGGCCGCUCCAUGGAGGGCUACCCCUUCAACCCCUGCUUGACCGAGGCUCAGUACAAGGAGAUGGAGGACAAGGUGUCCAGCACCCUCUCUGGUCUCGAGGGUGAGCUGAAAGGAAAGUUCUAUCCUCUGACCGGGAUGGACAAGGCCACCCAGCAGAAACUCAUCGAUGACCACUUCUUGUUCAAGGAGGGUGACAGAUUUCUGCAGGCUGCCAAUGCAUGCCGCUUCUGGCCAACUGGUCGUGGAAUUUACCACAAUGAUGCCAAGACCUUCCUGGUUUGGUGCAAUGAAGAGGACCACUUGAGACUUAUUUCAAUGCAGCAGGGAGGCGAUUUGGGACAGGUUUACCGUCGUCUUGUGACAGCUGUGAAUGACAUUGAGAAACGCAUUCCAUUUUCUCAUCACGACCGCCUGGGAUUCCUGACCUUCUGCCCCUCCAACCUGGGCACGACGGUGCGUGCUUCGGUCCACAUCAAGGUGCCGAAACUGGCAGCCAAUCGCCAGAAGCUUGAGGAGGUUGCUUCAAAGUUCAAUUUGCAGGUGCGUGGCACCCGAGGGGAGCACACGGAAGCAGAGGGAGGCGUCUAUGACAUCUCAAACAAGCGGCGCAUGGGACUGACAGAGUAUGAAGCUGUGAAGGAAAUGAACGAUGGCAUCGCUGAACUUAUCAAAAUAGAGAGCUCCCUUUAAGCAUGCCGUAAAACAUGACACAGGUCAUAUUGAAAUAUAUAAAGAUGUAAUAUGUAACAGAAUGACUGUGUUAACUAUAUCAACUUGGUUAAGUCUUCGGAUUUUUCUUCAGUACCUAAUUGUAAUGUUUAAGAAAAGCCCAACUGUAUAAUUUUCAAUUAUAUUAUGUCUUGUAUAGUAAUGUUAUUAAAUGCUUCUUCUGUAUUCUUUUGGUGUAACUAAUUUUAUUUGAAUGCCUGUAAAGAAAUAAGGCUGUCUAUUAAUUCAGUUAAACAAUGAUGUACAUGUAUAUACCUUCAGUAAUUUUGGAUUUGGACAUUCACAGUUGGUGAUAUUUUCUCUUGUGUUAAUUAAGAAUGAUGCAUUGGAAUAAACUGUUAAAAAAUCUA